AUGCCCGCAACCAAAACGAAAUCAUUUUUGGGCUAAAUGAUGGCUACUAUGGUGCUCCAUUCGAACAUAAGGGUCAUCCAAACGCACAGAAGACCAUCCUUCAGGUGGAUCAGAACUGUGUCCGUAAUUCUUACGACGUCUUCUCUUUGCUGCGGCUUCAUAGAGCCCAGUGUGCAAUUAAACAGACUCAGGUAACUGUUCAGAGAAUUGGAAAGGAAAUUGAAGAAAAACUAAGACUCACAUCAACAAGCAAUGAGCUGAAAAAAGAAAGUGAAGGUCUACGAUUAAAAAUUUUGGUGCUUCGAAAUGAACUGGAAAGACAGAAGAAAGCACUGGGACGGGAGGUGGCCUUCCUGCAUAAGCAACAGAUGGCUCUCCAGGACAAAGGAAGCACAUUUUCAACUGAGCAUGGCAAGCUUCAGCACCAGAAGGAAUCCCUGAGUGAGCUGAGGAAGGAGUGCACUGCGAAACGAGAACUCUUUCUGAAGACUAAUGCUCAGUUGACAAUUCGUUGCAGGCAGUUACUGUCUGAGCUUCCCUACAUUUACCCUAUUGAUUCGAAUGAGCAUAAGGAUUAUUUUGUAUGUGGUGUCAAGUUGCCUAAUUCUGAGGACUUCCAAGCAAAAGAUGAUGGAAGCAUUGCCGUUGCCCUUGGUUACACUGCACAUUUGGUCUCCAUGAUUUCCUUUUUCCUACAAGUACCCCUCAGAUAUCCCAUAAUUCACAAGGGGUCCAGAUCAACAAUCAAAGAUAAUAUCAAUGACAAGCUGACUGAGAAGGAGAGAGAGUAA